AUGUGCCCCGAAACGCGAUCACUUCAUACAGCAUGGCGGACCUCACAAAGGAGCAGGAAGCUCAAGCUCAUCACGCGAAACCUCGCCGAGGCCCUCGAUGUCGAUAUCCUCGAGAAGGUCUACGAUGAGGGUCGCGAGCCCAACAUUUACUGGGGGCACCGCGGACAACUGGUCGGCCUCAUACUGGCUGACUGUUCUGACCCGAGCAACGCAAAGUCAUCCCAGCUCACACAUUGCAGGUUGCGCUUUGUCCUUGGCAGCGAGUACCAAAAGUCCUCUGAUUACGUCAUGGACCUUUUCAAGCUCAGUUCCAUUACUUCUGAGCACGAUGCCCGGAAAGCCGGCGCCGAGGUUGUCAAGCAGACCUCCAAUGCUCCUCUUGUGCUGGACGAGCAGUACCUUGGGGCUGACUGCCAGUUUGGCGGUGUCGACCAAAGGAAGCUUUUCACGGCCGCGAAGGCUUGGCUGCCAAAGCUGGGCUACAAGGAGCGCGCACACCUGAUGAACCCCAUGGUGCCGGGUCUUCAGGGUGGCAAGAUGAGCUCUAGCGAGGCCGACUCCAAGAUCGACCUUCUUGACAGUCCUGACGUCGUGACGAAGAAGCUUCGCAAGGCUGAGGCGGUUCCCAAGAUUCCCGAGAACAACGGCGUUCUCUCCUUCACCGAGUUCGUCCUUCUUCCCGCGAGCGAACUCAAGUCCGGUAAGGCCGAGUUCGUGGUCGACCGCAGCCGCGACAACCUUGAGCCGCUGGUGUACAAUGACAUUGCCAAGAUGCACGAGGACUACAAGAACGACAUCCUGAGCCCCCAGAUCCUGAAGCCGGCCGUUACCAAGGCGCUUCUUGAGCUGAUGGAGCCGAUUGUCAAGGACUUUGAGUCGUCGAAAGAGUGGCAGGAGGUCAUGCUCAAGGCCUACCCUCCGGAAGAGAAGGCCAAGAAGGUCAAGAAGGUCAAGGACAAGGGCUCUCGUCACCCUGGCACUGGGCCCGCUGGGGCGGAGAAGGCGGAGGGCAAGAACGAGAAGCCUGUCGAGGAGCAGACUGGCAUUUCGACACUCGAAAUUGCCAACCACCCGCCGGCGCCGUAA